UAACUAACUCACCGCCGAUAUGGAUACCACUACAAAUAUUGUAAUGAACAUCUCACAUCAGAUGGAGCAUGCUAUAAACGUCACGGACCGAAGCGUUGCGUUAAUUGGGUGUCCGAACAGCGUGAACGACAUCGCACUCGACAAAACCUACAGACUUUUGAUUCUUUACGCGACCGUAUGUCUCUGUAUUUUCGGAAGCAUUCUUGUCAUUUUGUGGACGAUUCUGAACAGUCGCGUCUCCAGCAACUAUAAGAACAAGCACCAUUCUCGUGUGAACAUUUUCAUACUGAAUCUGAUUGUAGCCGAUGUUUUAGUCAUCCUUCUGGCGGUUGCCCCGCAGAUUAUCUGGGAAUACUCGGAUCGGCAAUGGGCAGCUGGGGACUUUAUGUGCCGCGUGUUUAAGUUUAUGCAAACUUUUUCCAUGACAGCAAGUAAUUACAUGCUAGUCGUCAUAGCAAUUGACCGCCAUCAAGCUGUCAGGUCGCCCCUAAAGGAGUCAUUCUCUGUAUGUAAAAUGGCAGGACUGGGUUGGUCACUUGCAGCUCUCGUUUCUCUUCCGGUCGCCGGAAUUUUUCACACAAACGCCAACCCGGACGGAGGCAUGCGAUGUGAAAACAUAUUCCGAUAUAGGCCACUGUGGCAUCGUCAGAUCUGGAUAUGUUGGGUUACAUUCUCGGUGUUCCUUCUUCCAGUUGUUACUCUGCUCAUCUCAUACAUUCGAAUCUUCAUGGAAAUCUCGAAAAAAGCCUUUCAAAGAAACAGUUUGAAAUAUAAGCCUACAAAUGGCGAGCUCUGUUUACGAUGUACGCCCUCAAAUUCAUUGCCUCGGGCAAAAUCUAAAACAUUUAAAAUGACGUGUGUUAUAAUAUUGUCGUUUAUUAUUUUUACGACGCCUUAUUUCAUCAUUGAAAACCUUUUGUCAUUUGGACUGCAUUGCGUUAUUUCGAAAAAGGUUUAUGGGUUGAUGGCUGGAAUGGCUGCAUGCAAUUCUGCAACGAAUCCCUUUGUGUUCCUUUUCUUUAAUGUAAAUUUAGAAUGGUUGAAAAGCAUAAAGAACGUAGGUAACCGCCGAGUAAGUUUUGGGUAUAACUCUUACCAGAAUGGUUCAUCAAGCGUCUAUUCACAUCAAAGAGCCAGAUACAGCACAACCACAACAUUUAUGAGACCAGAAACGUGUGAAUCCUAUAAUGGGGCGGAAAAAGGUACUUCUGACGAACAAAUUAGCAAUUUGAGUAAAAUGUGUUGCUAAAGUUUCAAUUUGCGAAUUGAACAGUUGCGUUUAUCUGAUUGCAGAAAGAUAAAAAUCAGCUCCCACAAAUUUUUGAAUAAGUCUUGAUAUACGACCAUUAUUUUAAAAACAUGCGGAUAACAAAAAUUACCCGAAUCUUCCAGUAGCAUAGCCAUUAUUCGGAUUUUGGUUAACGUUUACAAAAUGUUCUUCCUAUGUCACCGAUUGUUUAUCCUAUAUUGAUCUUAUUACUUCAUGUACCUAUCGAAGUGUGUUAAUUUUUAGCAUUAUAGACGGUUUAAGGUGUGUAUGUAUUUGAUAAAAGUGUUUUUAUAAUGUCGAAAGAUAAUUAAAAUAUAUUCGCUUCGUCGAUGGAUGUUUGGUUUAUCAUGCACUGAAAUGAUAUAUCACUUAAAUGUCUAUAGGUACCAGACUAACUUUGCUCAUAUUCAAUUUAAGUUUAUGUUUAAACACAUUAACAAU